AUGGACGGCAUGGACUACGACCCGAUGGUGAUGGACGGGGAGAGCGAGGUGCCUCAGGUGAAGAUUUCUGCAGCCGAUGGUACGCGGGUCGACUUUGAGCUGUCCAAAACGAACCUCUCAUUCGCAAACUCGAUUCGACGAAUCAUCCAGGCGGAAGUUCCCACCAUUGCCGUCGACCUGGUCGAGAUCGAGAUCAACAAGUCCGUGCUCGCCGACGAGUUCAUCGCCCACCGGCUAGGGCUGAUCCCCCUGAACUCCAAAGGCGUCAACGAGCUCAACUACUCUCGCGAUUGCGAUUGCGACCAGUACUGCGAGCAGUGCAGCGUCACGCUAACGCUGCAUGCGAAAUGCACAAGCGACCAGAUAAUGAAAGUCUACGCCCGGGACCUGGUAGUGGACGGGCGCCAUGCGAGCUCCGUGGGAAGCCCUGUCAUCCUGGAUCCUGAGGGUCUUGGGUGUCUGAUCGCGAAGUUGCGCAAGGAUCAAGAACUGAAGCUCACAUGUAUUGCCAAAAAGGGGAUCGCCAAGGAGCAUGCCAAGUGGAUGCCGACAUCCGCCGUGGGGUUCGAGUACGAUCCUCACAACAAGCUGCACCACCUCGACAUGUGGCCGAAGAGCAAGUAUGCAGAGUGGGAAGAGCCACUUCAAGAGGGCGAGAAGUUUGACUACGAUGCCCAACCCGAGCGGUUCUAUUUUGAAGUCGAGGCGUCAGGAACUAUGGAGCCCGAUCAGAUUGUCCAGGGAGGAAUACGAGCCCUCCAGCAGAAGAUCGGUGCCCUUCUCAAGGGCCUUGAUCCGAGGAAAUACGGCGGCGAAGAGGUUGACGCCGACGGUCCUCAAAGUCCAGCCUUGAACAUGGACGGAGGCACGACCCCUUGGCAGGAUCAGGGGUACACCACCCCCUACGGUGGGAACAUGACGUCUUACGGAGGUGGGAACACUGCUUACGGAGGUGGAAAUACGGCUUACGGGUCGGGCGGCAAUACGGCCUACGGCGGCGGCGGAACGACGGCUUACGGAGCUGGGGGCAACUCGUACGGGGCAGGCGCAGGUUCGUACGGAAGUACGACGCCCUACAGUUAA